CGAUACCCACUCUGCCUACCCAAAUCAAAAACGUACUUAUCUCGCAGUGGAAGUGUAAAGAGAAGACCCGCUAUCGCAAGUGUGCGUCCACUACGCAGAGAAAGUUUACUUCCGGUCAAAGGUUAAAUCUACUUUUUUUUAAGCGGAUUUCACUUCCCGUAAAAAAUGUAUGGCAUGCUUCUCGAGAGCAUUCAGCAUUAUGUUCAAACAGAAUACGGAGAAGACGUGUGGAAUAAGGCCUUAGAAGAAUCUGGCUUUAAAAAUGCCGUCUUCACCACCCACCAGGUCUACCCGGACCGCCUCAUACCCAAGUUGGCCGCCGCUUGCAGUCAGCAUACCAUGCACACGAAUGACAAAAAAGACGAUUUUUUGUGCUUUUUUGGUCGUUGUUUCGUAAGGUUCUUCACCCAUUAUGGAUACGAUACUCUCAUCCGUGCUUCGGGUAGAUAUUUUAGAGACUUCCUCAACGGCAUUGACAACCUCCACCAUCAGAUUCGCUUCAGUUAUCCUAAGAUGCAAAGUCCUUCUUUCUACGUGGAAAAAGAAGACGUUGGAGGAGCAAGAUUACACUACAGAUCCAAAAGAUCCGGAUUUGGAUAUUACGUGAUUGGGCAGCUAAUCCAGAUAGCACGGACAUUCUAUGACUUAGACCUCCAAAUAAGCAUCUUGAAAGAUGAGGAAGACGGGAAUGGUUCGUCAGGUUGCCACCUAAUUUAUGACUUAAGGUUCGACAAUACGCCAUAUCAACUGGCUCAAACAGCUCGGCGGAACAUGAUCGAACACACGGAUCUGGUUCCAGUGUCGUGCGUGUAUUUGUUUCAGCUAUUCCCAUUUGCCAUUGCUUUCGAUAGGACGAUGACGAUUCUUCAAGUUGGCGAAAAGUCUCGGGAACUCUUCGGCGGUGAGGAGAUGGUUGGCUUACCAGUUGAGACCUUCUUUCUCAUGCAUCGUCCUAGAGUUGCCUUCACGUGGGAAAAUAUCUACAUCCUCCAAAAGGUAGUCGUCGAACUGGAAUGCCUAAACUCUCGAUUUACAAAGCAUCCGAUAGCAGACAGGAGAAACAGUGCAUCUACAAGGAAUCUACUACUGAAAGGACAAAUGAGACUUAUCGAAGAAUGGGAUGCCAUCAUCUACCUCUGCGUACCCCUGUAA